UCCGUCCUGGAAGCGACCAGCUCCCAGCUUCCUCCGCACCAGAGACUAGACAAGCUCCUAGCUGGGGAAAGCCACCCAACCUAAGUCCUCUAGGAAAUACGCUCUCCCCAUCGUCAGAGAAAUAAGAAAACAGCAGGCUGAACCUGGAUUGAGAGGAAAACGAAAAGACAAUGGCGGAUCCACCCAGACGCUGGAGCUGCAGCGACCUGCUGAAGCUCUUCACGCUGCUGGGGACGCUGUGCGCGCCAGGAAAAGGGCAGAUCCGCUACUCGGUGCGGGAGGAGCUGGACAAAGGUUCCUUCGUGGGCAACAUCUCCAAGGACCUGGGGCUGGAGCCCCGCGAGCUGGCGGGGCGCGGGGUCCGCAUCGUCUCCAGAGGUAGGUCGCAGCUUUUCUCGCUGAGCCCGCGAGGUGGCAGCCUGGUCACCGCGGGCAGGAUAGACCGGGAGGAGCUGUGCGCCCAGAGCGCGCCCUGUCUUGUCAGCUUUAACAUCUUGGUUGAGAGGAAAAUGAAAAUAUAUGGGGUAGAAGUGGAAAUCCUUGAUAUUAAUGAUAACUUCCCCCGGUUCCGCGAUGAGGAGUUAAAAGUAAAAGUUAAUGAGAACGCGGCUGCAGGGACACGAUUGGUGCUCCCCUUCGCGAGAGAUGGGGACGUGGGUGCGAAUUCCCUCCAGGGUUACCAGCUCAGCUCCAACCCGCACUUCUCCCUGGACGUGAAGAGCGGGCCUGACGGGCAAAAACAUCCAGAGCUGGUGCUAGAACAGCCCCUGGACCGCGAGAAGGCGUCCGCUCACGACCUGGUCCUCACGGCCCUGGACGGCGGAAACCCGGCGCGUUCCAGCACCGUCCACAUCAGCGUGGCCGUCCUCGACGCAAACGACAACGCACCCCGGUUCACGCAAGGCGAGUACCGCGUGAGUGUUCCCGAGAACAUGCCUGUGGGCUCGCGACUCCUCACUCUCACCGCCACCGACGCCGACGAGGGGGUCAACGCCAAACUGACCUUCUCCUUCCGCAACGAAGAAGACCAGAUCUCUGAGACUUUCCAACUCGAUUCCAAUCUGGGGGAAAUCUCAACCAUUCAGUCCCUGGACUAUGAAGCAUCCACUUCCUACCUCAUGGAGGUGGUAGCCCAGGAUGGAGGCGCUCUUCUUGCCAGCGCUACGGUGCUGGUCACAGUCCAGGACGUGAAUGACAAUGCCCCGGAAGUGAUACUCACCUCCCACACCAGUUCCGUUUCUGAAGACUGUCCACCUGGAACCAUAAUUGCGCUCUUUAGCGUGCACGAUGCCGACUCUGGGGAGAACGGAGAGAUUUCGUGUUCUAUUCCCAAGAAUUUGCCCUUCAAACUGGAAAAGUCAGUAGACAAUUACUAUCACCUGUUAACAACUGGAGCCCUGGAUAGAGAGGAGACUUCAGAUUAUAACGUCACAGUAACCGUUGUUGACCGUGGAACUCCUCCCCUGUCCACAGAGAACCACAUCUCUCUGAAAGUAGCCGACAUCAAUGACAACCCACCCACCUUCUCCCGUUCCUCCUAUUCCACCUCCAUCUCAGAGAAUAACCCCAGAGGUGUGUCCAUGUUUUCAGUGAGUGCCUACGACGCCGACUGUGGAGAUAACGCUCGGAUCUCUUACUCCCUGGCUGAAUAUACCUUUCUGGAAGCCCCGGUGUCGUCCUACGUCUCCAUUAACUCUGACACCGGUGUCCUGUACGCAUUGCAGUCCUUCGACUAUGAGCACCUGAGAGACCUGCAGCUAUGGGUGACAGCUAAGGACAGCGGGAACCCUCCACUCAGCAGCAACGUGUCGUUGAGCUUGUUUGUGCUGGACCAGAACGACAACAUUCCCGAGAUCCUGUACCCAGCUCUCCCGACCGAUGGGUCCACCGGUGUGGAACUGGCUCCCCGCUCUGCAGAGCCUGGAUACCUGGUCACCAAAGUGGUGGCGGUGGACAAAGAUUCCGGACAAAAUGCCUGGCUGUCCUACCGCCUGCUCAAGGCCAGUGAGCCGGGACUCUUCUCAAUAGGGCUUCACACGGGUGAGGUGCGCACAGCGCGGGCUCUAUUGGACAGAGAUUCACUCAAGCAGAGCCUGGUGGUGGCUGUCCAGGACCAUGGCCAGCCCCCUCUCUCGACCACUGUCACCCUCACUAUCGCUGUAGGGGAUAACAUCCCGGAUGUGCUGACUGACUUAGGCAGCAACAACACCCCUGCCGAGCCCCAGGAGUCAGACCUCACACUCUACCUGGUCAUAUCCGUGGCAGUGGUGUCCUGUGUCUUUCUGGGGUUUGUCACUGUGCUGUUGGCCCUCAGACUGAGGCACUGGCACAUGUCACGCCUGCUUCAGACUUCCACAGGCAGAUUGGCCAGCAUGCCCACCUCCCAUUUUGUGGGCAUGGAUGAGGUACAGGCCUACCUGCAGACCUAUUCUCAUGAAAUCUCCCUCACUACAGACUCCAAAAAAAGCCACCUAAUCUUCCCCCAACCCAAUUAUGCUGACAGGCUCAUCAGUGAAGAGAUCAGUGAAAAGAGUGAGCCUCUUCUGAUACCUGAUAAUAUACAUGCAAACAAAGAGCCAGGAGCUGUUCAGGUUAGUUCUCUCCUUCACUAAGAGCUCGAACGUUUUCUUCAUUUGUUUUCUAACUUGCUUUUCUAGUAUAGUCAAAAUCGUGUAAUUUUAUAGUAAGUCAUUUGCUGUAUUGGAUUUUAACUCAAUUUUGUUCAAUAAUAGAUACUUUUUCAAGUUUUUUGGGGGGGCUUAAUAUCUUUUCUGGGUGUGUGGAUGUUUUAGAAAACCUAGCUGAUGAUAGUAGGCUUACCUUAAAAUAAGUGAUGAACAUAAUCGUUUUCCUUAAAAUGUUGCUAGUUUAAAGAUCAUUAUUCUGUUACUAGAAGCUUGCAUUAGUUCCAACUGUUAUAUGUUUGUGUGUGUAUAUAUACUUCCCUUUGACAUACUUGUCUACACACUAUUAGUGGACAGGUUUUGUAGGUGUGAUGGCUUGGGUGAGAAUGGCCCUCGUAGGCUCACAUACUGAAGUGCUUAGUCACCAGGGAGUGGAAAUAUUUGAGAAGGAUUAUGAGGUGUGGCUUUGUCGAAGCAGGUGGAUCCACUGGGAGUGGGCUUCGGGAUUUCAAAAGUCCUCUAAAACUGUAAACAAGCCACCCCCAAUUAAACGUUGUCUUUUAGUCAGGCAGUGAUACUGCACACCUUUAAUCCCAGCACUUGGAACACAGAGGCAGGUGGGCCUCUGAGUUUGAG